AUGCUUCAAUCAACGGCCGUUGCGUUUAAAAACCUCAACUCAUGGUAUGCCAAGGGUACCAUGCGUGGUGGUAUUCCUCGUAUUUAUUAUGCAUGGAUGCGACCUGGCAGUUUUACACGUCGUCGUUUUGAAAAGAUGCGAAAUCCCUUUGUGGAUUUAGAAACAGGAACUUCACUUUACUUUCGGGAUACUCGCGACUCUGCAGAGGCGAUUGCACACGCAGCAGAUGCAAAGGGUUUAAAGGGAAUGGAUAACGCUAUUGAUUUAUAUAAUGAGUAUAAAAUUGUACCAGACCUUUACCCAGAAGGAUUUCAAUGGAAACAUAAAUUAAAUACAGAAUAUAAUCAAUGGCGAUCAAAUACAUGGUUAACACCUGAUCUUAUUCCACAAGAACAUCGUGGAAGAUUUUUGUGUAAUUUUCAGUUAAACAUUGUUGCGUAUGAUAUGCGUGUUGUUAAAUUUAGUCCCAAAGAUCAUCGACAGUGGAUUUAUUGUGUUUUGUAUAUUGGAAGUGGUAAAGGAAUAGCUGGUUGGGGACGUUCAGUUGCACCAAGUACUCAAGAAGCCAAGAAGGAAGCUAUUAAAGAAGCCUUUUCUAAUAUUAUUGCUGUGGAUUUGGAACAAGAAGGACCAAUGUAUCCUGUUCGAGUUAAUGCCGAUGGUGUACGAGUUCUUCUUUAUCCUGCUAAACGUAUUGUGGCUAAUUUCCGAGUUGCAGAUAUUCUUUGCGCUUUUGGUUUUCAACAUGCGGGAUGUCGAAUUAAUUUAAAGGCAACCAAUAAUCCUAAAGCUCCAACUCACACUGUAGAAGGCGUUUUUGAAGCUGUUAAGGCUCUUCGUAGUGUGAGUGAAAUUGCCGCUAGUCGUGGAAAAGUACCACACUCUCUUAUUUAUAAUAUUUAUCCUUAUUUAGAGGAAAUACGUCGUCGUAAAGGUAUGAUGGCUAUGCAUCCACCUGGAAAAGAUGGUCUUCUUAUGCCUGAUCGUGUAGUGGAUAAUAGACUUCCUGAUCAUUUAAAGAAGGGAUAUUAUGAUGAUGUUUAUUGGAAAGACUUCUUUGCAGGGAGUAAAGAACAUUUAAAUGAACCACGAAUGGGACUUCGUGGAGAUGAAAUGCGGCAACAGUUGGAACGUGCACAGUCUCGUCCAGCACCAAGUACGGCGGGUACUGGUAGACGUACAUUGGAAGAUGUAUUAAGACGAUUAGGGAAAACAACGAAAGAUCUCGGUUCUAUUCCAAUUGUAAAUCCAAGACUGGAUGUGAAAUUACCGACACACGUUAAACGCAAUUAUUUACUCCAUUGA